UGAACGAUGCCUCUCCAGGUCCUGGAAACUCCAGGGCAAUGCUGGGGGGCACCCCCGGCUCUGGUCGUUUUGUCAGUUGCUGCCACCAGAGGGCCGCUGUUAAAGAGGGGAAGCGGGACGCGUUGUCUUGCGCUGGCUCUGGCUCUGCUGAACUUCCUGGGUCAAGUUGCUGCUGCUGCUGCUUCCUUCCCUCGUUGUGACAGGGAGGCCGGGCUGAGCUGCUGCUGCAAAGGAGAGACCUGCACUAACCCCGCUCUGUGCCCAGCCGGGGGGACUCUCUCCGGGCGCUGGAACCAGCUCCGGGGGCAGCCCCGGGCUCUGCCGACACCAGCCCCUGAGCCGGAGCCUGCAGAGAAGAGACUGAUCUGAUGUGAGAAAUACGUGCCACAAAAUUGCUACUGGAUGAAUGAGGACAACCGGAGGAUGCAAUAUCUGCUGCAGAAUAACAUCCGUCCAGUCCAGCCACGUCAUCCCAGAAGCAAAAUGGCUUUAGCUCAGCGUUUUCAGAUGCCUAUGACCUUUGAGGAUGUGGCUGUGUAUUUCACCAAGGAGGAAUGGAUGCUCUUGGACCUGGGUCAGCAAGCCCUCUACAGGGACGUCAUGCAGGAGAACUAUGAGAACGUGACCUCGCUGGGAUUUCUGAUGUCCCGACCUGACUUGAUCUAUCAGCUGGAACAAGGGGAAGAGACGUGGGUCCCAGAUCUCCAGGGCUCAGAGCAAAGGGGGAUCCAGAGAGGUGCCUGCACAGCAGGUGACGAGAUGUUGUGUAAGAACGAGGAGGAGACUCCUCAGCAGGAAGGGCCUGUGCAAGUGGAACCGUGCAGGAUGGUAUCGGAAGGAUCCAGAGGAAAUGUUCCUGCACAGGGAGAAGCUGGUGGGAGUCAGAAUGGAUCAAAGAGGCAGAAGGGAAAGGACUUAGGGAAGGGACAAAGUAAAUCCACUUCCCAUGAGGGUGGUUCCAGAGAUAGCAACAAAACCACAGUCCCACAGACUGGAGAGACGCAGAAAAUAUGCAUAGACUGCGGGAAAAUCUUCAGUUGCAUCUCGCACCUCAUUAGACACCAGAGAACCCACACAGGUGAGAGACCUUUUAAAUGCCCUGACUGCGGGAAAGGCUUCGGUCGGAGCUCACACCUGGUUGUACAUGAGCGGAUCCACACGGGAGAGAGACCGUACAAGUGCGACGAAUGUGAGAAAAGCUUCAAUCAGAGCCCACACCUUAUUAGACACCAGAAACUCCACCUAAUGGAGAGACGCUGUAAAUUACCUGCCUGGGGUGGACUGAAUACCGCAUUUCCCAGUUCCUUGAGUAUCCAGCUGCCUGUUGCUGGGAUCAGGGGGCAGUUACAGGUGCCUCCAGGCUGCUCGGUGAAUCUCUGGCUCUGCCUUCUGUAGCAAACCGCAGGCAGAGGAGCAGAAGCCCUGAUCAGUUUUUCCUCAUUGCUGGGCUGCCAGGCCACUUGCCAGCCAGGUGGUGAUCAGGGAAAGAAGAACCCAACUCCCCUAGACACUCAUCUCUGUGGACUCAAAUCCCUUUCCACGAACCAAUUCCUUGAGCUAUGCCACCUUUCUCAGGGCAGAGACCUGUCUCUGCACCAUCCUCUGGGACGUGGGCUGGGCCUCCUCCGCUUACUGGUUUUCAUGUGGGGUGGGUGCCCCAGAGGCCCUUCCCUUGCAGACUUUUGGAGGAAACCAGAGAGAUCAAAUGUUCGGGGGACUAGGAGAGGAAGAAUGGGCAGGGAACGGGUUGCUGGGAGUUUGAAUCGGGUGAUUGAAUUAGCAAGUGAUCAAGUGCUGAGACUGGAUAACUCUGCACUGGUUGGCCAGAGCUCAUUGCUGCAAAGGAGCACCAGCUCGAAGGAAAGGAACAAGGCUUUGUGUGCCAAGAUCACGGUUACUGUCUGCAAUAAUCUUCCCACCCCGUGAGCCACCAGCAGCUCUGAGACCAGCACUUAGGCCUUUCAGUUGUUCAGUGCAGAGUCGCAGCCCUGAAGAGUUGAUUUCUGAUGUUGGGUUAAAAUGACCUCAGAACACCCUGGGCUAAAAGGAUAAUUCAAUUAUUAUAGCGUGGGGGGGUUCCUCACUGGGAAUCUUCGAGAUAAAUUAGAGCCCAGUCAUUUCCUGUGUGCAUUUGGGGUUUGCAACAAGCAGUGGAUGAGUGGGUGUUGGGAAAGGAAUGUGUGGCUUAUAUUUAUCUCUGGGGAAAUCACUGGGGUAUUUAACAGUAAUUAUGCUGAUUCUUUGGAAUGUCUAAAAUUAGAGUGACUAGUAUGGGUCACUGACAGUCCAGAUCUUUGUCCUUUCUGUGUGUGAGGGGUCCCGCUGUGAUGCCACUCUGCUCACUGAGGAAUGGGAUUGAUUCUUUGAUGCCCGUUGCUCAUUUCAGGUGACGUUUCACCUCCUCUGCGCUAGUUACUCCCUCUCCCAGAACACUCUCUUUGUCGCACCUUUUUGUUUCUAUUUCAGUAAAUAAAACCUGCACAUACAGAUGC